UCCAGAAAGCAGCAUGUCCCCUUUGUUCUUUGGUGUUGGGCUGGUGGUUCUGAACCUAGUGGUCUCUGCUAGGAGCCAGAAGACAGAACCCCCAAGUAGCUCCAGGGAACAGCCGGUCUUCCGUGGAGCAGACCGUUAUGAUUUUGCCAUCAUGAUCCCACCAGGAGGCAUGGAAUGCUUUUGGCAAUUUGCCCACCAGACUGGCUACUUCUAUUUCAGCUAUGAGGUUCAGCGGACACUGGGAACGUCACAUGACCGGCACGUUGCUGCCACCGCACAUACCCCACGAGGUUUCCUGAUAGACACCUCCCAGGAUGUUCGGGGUCAGAUUAACUUCUACAUCCAAGAGACAGGUUUUUAUCAGCUUUGUCUAAGAAACCAGCAAAGCCGCUUUGGUUCUGUACAAGUGUAUCUAAACUUUGGAGUCUUCUAUGAGGGGCCUGAGAUGGACCAGAAAAAGAAUGAAAGAAAACAACUGAAUGAUACCCUGGAUGCAAUUGAGGAGAGUACACAAAAAGUGCAAAACAAUAUUUUUCACAUGUGGCGAUACUACAACUUUGCCCGGAUGAGGAAAACGGCUGACUUUUUCCUUCUCCAAUCAAACUAUUACUAUGUAAACUGGUGGUCGACAGUCCAGAGCCUUGUUAUUGUUCUUUCUGGAAUCUUGCAGCUGUAUUUCUUGAAGCGUCUCUUCAAUGCUCCAGCAACUACAGAUACAAAAAAGCCAAGAUGCUAA